CCCUCCCCUCUUCCGGCCCGCGAGCCCCCGGCGCUACCUCAGGCUGCGCUCGCCGCUCGCGCCCGUCUGCCCGCCCGACGACGCGGGAGCCGCGCGAGCCGGACCGGGCUUGCUGCGCUUCUGGCCGCCGAGAAGCGGCCCCCCCCGUGAGGCGGAGCCCGUGGUUCCCCGCCCGGAGUUGGUCGGGGCCGCCGAAUCUACGGCCCCAGAGCGGCGGCGGCGGCGGAAAGAUGAAGAACGAAAUUGCUGCCGUUGUCUUCUUUUUCACAAGGCUAGUUCGAAAACAUGAUAAGUUGAAAAAAGAAGCAGUUGAGAGGUUUGCUGAGAAAUUGACUCUGAUACUUCAAGAAAAAUAUAAAAAUCACUGGUAUCCUGAAAAACCAUCAAAAGGACAGGCCUACAGGUGCAUUCGUGUCAAUAAGUUUCAGAGAGUUGAUCCUGACGUCUUGAAAGCCUGUGAGAAUAGCUGCAUUUUGUACAGUGACCUGGGCUUGCCAAAGGAACUCACUCUGUGGGUGGACCCAUGUGAGGUGUGCUGUCGGUAUGGAGAAAAAAACAAUGCAUUUAUUGUUGCCAGCUUUGAAAAUGAGGAUGAGAACAAGGAUGAGAUCUCUAAGAAAGUUACCAGGGCCCUUGAUAAGGUUACCUCUGAUUAUCAUUCAGGAUCCUCUUCUUCAGAUGAAGAAACAAGUAAGGAAGUAGAGGUGAAAUCCAGUUCGGUGACUGCAACUCCAAGCCCCAUGUACCAGAUUUCAGAAUUGAUAUUCCCGCCUCUUCCAAUGUGGCACCCUUUGCCCAGAAAAAAGCCAGGGAUGUACCGAGGGAAUAGCCAUCAGUGUCACUACCCUCCGCCUGUUCCAUUUGGUUAUCCACAUCAGGGAAGGAAGAAUAAUAAACCAUAUCGCCCAAUUCCAGUAACAUGGGUACCUCCUCCUGGAAUGCAUUGUGACCGGAAUCACUGGAUUAAUCCUCACAUGUUAGCACCUCACUAGCUGCUUUUGAUUCUAUUAGUGUUGAGAGAAGGUAGAAUAAGCCUGACUGCAUAUUAAAAGUUCAUACUCAUAGUAGUAAAGUUAGAUGGGUUAAACCAUCAAACUUAUUUUUAUAGAAGUUAUUGAGAAUAAUCUUUCUAAAAAAUAUAUGCACUUUAGAUAUGUUGGUAUAGUUUGAGAAAUUUUAUUAAAGUUAGUCAAGUGCCUGAGUUUUUAAUAUUGGAUUUGAGUAUUUAUAUAUUGUGCAUCAACUCUGUUGCAUACGAGAACACUGUAGGAGUGGGCGAUCUGUUAUAAUAGCACCUUUGAGCAUUUACUUUAUGGAGAGUAUGUAAGUUAUUUAUACGCAGGGAAAUAUAUUUUAUGUUAUUGUUUAGAAGAAUUGUGUGAAAUCAUGUAGUUGCAAAUAAAAAGUAGUUUGAGGCAUGACAA